UAGGAUGUCCCUCCGAGACAUUCUUUCCUGAGAGCCGCUAAGUGAUGAAGGCACCUGAGGAAUAUAGCGACCAACUGCGAAGCGCCGGGGGUGACAUUUGCACCAACAAACAAUAAAGAGAUCAACUGGAGGAGAGAUUCUUCCUUUAGAAACGUAGAGGGGAGAUUCGAAGAAGAGGAAAAACCCCAGUGGAGUUCCAUGGAACAGGUCGCACCCAGCCUCGAGCGCUGCCUGUGUGCCAGAGAUGCCCUGACAGCGCGCGCAGUGUGUUCAGAGCGAGCGUGCGCCUUGUCCCGACAGGAUGACUAGCGGACGGACGUCGCCUGUUGCUCUCCGGGAAAUAAGAAACACGGAUCCAAUCUUGAGGACAUGAAGCGUGAAUGGAAUAUUUUCAGUCCAUCCGAAAGGGGUUUACACCCUGCUUGAGGCGCGCGGCGGCAGUGAUGGAUUACUUUUUCCGGCGAAAGAGACUUUUUAAGACUCUCUUAACUUUAGCCUUUGUUUUUGCCAGUCUGCUGAUGAUACAAAAAUUAAAAGUGCUGGAGAGUAAUAUGAAAGAGUUGGGAGUGAGACCGGGUGUGAAAAGCACUUGGUGCGGACCUGAGUGCCAAUUAUCGAAGGGGAAGCGGUCCGACAACCAUCGGUCUCCCGCUGGAAAUUACUCGCUCCUGGCUCAGGCUGAGGGCUCGGAUGAUCCUCAUCAUGUUGUCGCUACUAAACCAAGUCCGACGUCCUGGGAUGUGAAUGUUAUUAACUGUACAGAGGACCAUACGGUGCGGAGCAAAGACUGGUUUCGACGACUGGACCCGAGGUUUCACCAGUUUGUGCUGCACAGACACUGUCGAUAUUUCCCCAUGCUCCUGGACCACCCGGAGAAGUGCCGAGGUGGGGACGUGGACCUACUGAUGGUGGUCAAGUCGGUCAUCGAGCAACACGACAGGCGGGAUGCUGUGAGGAAGACGUGGGGCAAAGAACAGGUCAUCAAUGGCAAAAGAAUUAAGACUUUGUUUCUUCUUGGCACGCCAUCCACAGGUAAGGAUGCUAAAAACCUGCAGAAGUUGGUGGAAUUCGAGGACAAAAUAUAUGGAGACAUUUUGCAAUGGGAUUUCAUGGACACAUUCUUUAACCUGACACUAAAGGAGGUGAAUUUCCUCAAGUGGUUCCACAUUCACUGCUCCCAGGUGCAGUUCAUCUUCAAAGGGGACGAUGACGUGUUUCUGAACCCAGACAACCUGGUGGAAUUAAUAGGCUUUAGAGCAGACGAGGGAAAAGUGGAGAACCUGUUUGUGGGGGACACAAUCGCAAAGGCCAUACCCAUCCGCAACCGCCAAAGUAAAUACUACAUCCCCAAAGAGUUGUUUGAUAAGCCCUAUCCACCAUAUGUGGGAGGGGGAGGCUUCCUGAUGUCAGCGGCGUUGGCCCGGAGACUGUUUGUGGUGUCCGAGGGCCUGGAGCUCUAUCCGAUUGACGACGUGUUUCUGGGGAUGUGUUUGCAACGGCUGCACCUCGCACCAGAGAUGCACCCGGGCUUCAAGACGUUCGGCAUCAUGAAGCACCGGCGCAACAGCCGGAUGAACAGCGAGCCCUGCUUCUUCCGUAACCUUAUAGUCAUCCACAAGCUCACCCCGCAGGAGCUGAUGAGGAUGUGGGAGAUAGUUACGAAUGAGAACCUCAUAUGCGCUAAAAGGACUGUGUUGUGAAUGUGAAGGUAUGGGGAAAGUAAACCAAAGGGAAUAAUGAUGAUAGAAGGGUACUUGAAUAGGCCUGGAUGAUAUAUUUGACCUAUGAAGGGCUUGGAUAUAAUCUGUAAGUGCUCCAAAUGACACUGUCCAUCACAGAGUAGCACCUGCCACUGCGCGCGCUUGUGAGGAUUCUGAAGUUAUGGAUAGCUUACUGCGCACGAGCAUGUGAUCAUAGGCCUCGUAGACACGACCUGAAUACGCCAGUGAAAAUCAAACGUUGUGUAAAGUACUCAAAACACUGUGAAAUGCUCUCUCUCUCUCUCUCUCUCUCUCUCUCUCUCUCUCUCUCUCUCUCUCUCUCUGAAUAUAGUGUCAUUAUUGGCCACGAGGACAAUAACUGAAGGGCUGGGCACGUGCUGAAAUGGCAGAUUGCCCUACCCCCAUAUAAGCUACAGAAAAAGAGAAGAGUGAGUUUGGAAAAUGACCCAAAUUGCCCUGGAAAAUACACAAACGACGACUUGUUCAUCCUUUAAGGGUCCAAGGGACAUAGGCCAUGUGGCACGGUCAAAACAAACCAAAGAAGACUCAUCUCUCGCGCCAUGAUAAAACCACUGCGCCAUGGGUUAAACUGUUAGGCUACUGGACUGUGUACGCAUUGACCUCUGUGCGAGUAUGGUGGUAUCGGCAAAUAAAUGUAUUUUUUUCUGUACACGUUUUGUUUGUGAAUUUGAAUUUUACAUUUAUUCUUCUCUAGGCCUUGAGGGAAAA